AUGUUUUCGAGAGCAUUGAAGGCACGAUCUGCUGCGCCUUUGCGCAAAAAUGCUAUUUCCAGAGCUGCUCUCGUAAAGAGAACGGUUACCACAGACGCCGCCUCCGCGCAUGCCGAUAAAGAUGCGGUUCCUCAGGAAGAAGAUAAGCCAUUCACAUUGCAAUUAUCCGACGAAUCCUUUGAGACCUACGAGCUCGAUCCUCCAUCUUACACCAUGGAGACCACCAAGAAGGAGCUGAAGCAGAUGUACAUUGAUAUGGUUUCAAUGCGUCGUAUGGAAAUGGCCGCCGAUAGACUCUACAAGGAGAAGAAAAUCCGUGGUUUCUGCCAUUUAUCAACUGGUCAAGAAGCCGUCGCUGUCGGUAUCGAACACUCUCUUACCAAGGAAGACGACAUUAUUACUGCCUACAGAUGUCACGGUUUCGCCCUUAUGCGAGGCGCUUCCGUAAAAUCUAUCAUCGGUGAAUUGUUGGGCCGUCGCGAGGGUAUUGCCUACGGUAAAGGUGGUUCCAUGCACAUGUUCACCAAGGGAUUCUAUGGUGGAAAUGGUAUUGUUGGUGCUCAAGUUCCAGUCGGUGCUGGUUUGGCUUUCGCCCAUAAGUACAAUGGCAACAAGAAUGUCUCUGUUGCCUUGUACGGUGAUGGUGCUAGUAACCAAGGACAAGUUUUCGAGGCUUUCAACAUGGCGAAGUUAUGGAACUUGCCAGUUCUCUUCGGUUGUGAGAACAACAAAUAUGGUAUGGGUACCGCAGCCAACAGAUCCUCCGCUCUCACCGAUUACUACAAGCGUGGACAAUACAUCCCAGGUCUCAAAGUUAACGGAAUGGAUGCUCUCGCUGUUAAGGCAGCUGUCAAGCACGCCAAGGAAUAUGCGAAUGCCGGUAACGGUCCAUUAGUUCUCGAAUAUGUCACCUACCGUUAUGGAGGACACUCCAUGUCCGAUCCAGGAACCACAUACCGUACCCGUGAAGAAAUUCAACGUAUGCGUAGCACUCAAGAUCCAAUUGCUGGUCUCAAACAAAAGUUGAUUGAGUGGAAUGUUACAACUGAGGAUGAGUUGAAGACUAUUGACAAGGAGGCUAGAGCAAAGGUCGAUGCCGAAGUUAAGGAGGCCGAGGAGAUGCCUUUCCCAGACGCGACCCCACAGAUUUUGUACGAGGAUAUCUACGUUAGAGGAAGUGAACCUCAAUACAUGAGAGGAAGGACGAACGAUGAGAACUACUAUUAUUAG